AUGACGCUGGUCCAGGACGAUGAAUUUGCGCAGCCGCGCGCCUCGUCGGAGGCGCUGCCGACGGUCGAAGCCGACCGGGCGGGCGGCGAUCCGGUGCUGCGGCUUGCCGGUGUCUGGCUGACCGCCACGGUCGGGAGCGUCGAUGCCGAUCUGUCCAAGGCGGUCAAGGCGACCGGCGAUGCGGGCACGCUGAAGAUCGAUGCCAGCGCGGUCAGCCAUCUGGACACGGCCGGCGCAUGGCUGAUCGUGCGCACCAUGCGCAUUGCGCAGGCGCGCAACCAGCCGGUUCGCCUGGCCGGCUUGAAGCAAGGCGCGCAGACGCUGGUCGACGAGGUCGCCGAGAGCACCGCGCGCCCCGAACCUCCCCCGCCUUCAGAGCGCGUGGGGCUUGCCACCAUCCUGGCGACAAUCGGGCACUAUGUGUGGGAUCUGCGCCGCGAUGCCACGAUGGGGCUGCACAUGCUCGGCGCGGCGGUGCGCGGCAGCCAGAUGAAAUCGGGCCACCGCAAUCCGAUGGCAUGGGCGCCGGUGGUCAACCAGAUCGACCGGAUGGGCGUGCGCGCCAUUCCGAUCAUCGUCCUGAUGUCGACCAUCAUCGGCGCGAUCAUUGCCCAGCAGGGCGCCUUCCAGUUGCGCUAUUUCGGCGCCGAGAUCUUCGUCGUCGACCUGGUGGCGAUCCUCGUCCUGCGCGAGAUCGGCGUUCUUUUGACCGCCAUCAUGAUCGCCGGCCGGUCGGGCAGCGCGAUCACCGCCGAGAUCGGAUCGAUGAAGAUGCGCGAAGAGGUGGACGCUUUGACCGUGAUCGGUCUCAAUCCGAUCGGCGUUCUUGUCUUUCCGCGCCUGGUCGCGCUGGUGAUCGGCCUGCCGCUUCUGACCCUGAUCGCCAACUUCUCUGCGCUGGCAGGCGCGAUGUUCGUCGCCCAGGCCUAUUCGGGCAUCAAUCCCGAAGCGUUCAUAAUGCGCAUGCGCGAUGCGAUCGACAUGUCGACGUUCCUUGCAGGCAUCAUCAAGGCGCCGUUCAUGGCGAUCAUCAUCGGGAUCAUCGCCUCGGUCGAGGGGAUGAAGGUGGGAGGCAGCGCGGAAUCGCUGGGUGCCCGCGUCACGGCCUCCGUCGUCAAGGCGAUCUUCGUGGUCAUCGUCGUCGACGGGCUGUUUGCCAUUUUCUUUGCGGCGGUGGACUUCUGA